AGAGGCUGAGGCGGUGCUGGCGGCGAAGGCAGCAGCAUGGCGGCGGCGCUGGGCGGCCUGGGCCUCCUGCAAGGCCGAGUCAGGCUGGCAGCCGCAGCAGCAGCCGCCGCGACUUUUUCCCUCGGCCGUUGCGGACACCGAGCGCCGGUGAUACCCUGGGCCGGGAGGAGCUACGGUUCCCAUGCAAAGGAAGAGGAGGAGCUGCGGGUCCGGUAUCUGGAUGACGAACACCAAGGAAUUGUGGUGCUUGGAUUAAACAGAUCUUAUGCCAAGAAUGCACUUAGCAAAAAUCUUUUGAAAAUGAUGUCAAAAGCUGUGGAUGCUUUGAAAUCUGAUAAGAAAGUACGAACUGUUAUAUUCCGGAGUGAAGUCCCAGGGAUAUUCUGUGCUGGUGCUGACCUAAAAGAAAGAGCAAAAAUGCACUCAAGUGAAGUUAGUUCUUUUGUCUCAAAAGCAAGAGCAACUAUUAAUGAAAUGGCUAAUCUGCCUGUACCUACUAUUGCUGCAAUAGAUGGAGCUGCAUUAGGUGGUGGCCUAGAACUUGCAUUGGCCUGUGAUAUAAGAGUGGCAGCCUCUUCUGCUAAAAUGGGCCUGGUUGAAACAAAGUUAGCAAUCAUUCCAGGUGCAGGGGGGACACAGAGAUUACCCCGCACAAUUGGAGUGUCUUUGGCAAAAGAACUAAUCUUCUCUGCACGUAUUGUAGAUGGUGAGGAAGCAAAAUCAAUAGGAUUGAUUAGCCAUGUGGUAGAACAGAACGAAGCAGGGGAUGCUGCAUACAGAAGAGCAUUAGCUCUAGCAAAAGAAUUUUUACCUCAGGGACCAGUAGCAAUGAGAGUUGCGAAACUUGCCAUCAAUCAGGGAAUGGAGGUCGACUUGGUGACAGGUUUAGCAAUUGAAGAAGCUUGUUACGCUCAGACUAUUCCAACAAAAGAUAGAAUUGAAGGUCUUCUUGCAUUUAAGGAGAAGAGACCACCUCGCUACAAGGGAGAAUAAAAGAAGCUGAUGCCUUUAAUAUACAGGGGAUAAAAGUACUGCUGUGAGGAACAUUAAGUUGUACUUUGCAUACUCAUCUGGAAUAUCACAGCCAUGAAAGUAAAAGCAAAUCAUACUGAUGUUACAACAUUUUGAAUGUGUCCAUCCAUACUUGUACUGGGUCCAAAUAGAAAUAUGUUUCAAAUCAUGCUUGUUACGAUUUCUGAAGAUUUAACUGUGUAUUUAUUGUCAAGGCCAUAGGCUCAUGAAGGACUUAAAAAUUUCAUAUGUGUGAAACAUGACAUUCCACAAUUGAAAAUGCUCUGUAAAUUCUUCAUAUAGACAAAACUUGUAUGUGGUGUUAAGUAUAAAUCUGCUGUAUCAUUUUAUCAAAGCAAAAGUUACUACUGACCACCAAAAUAAGAAAUUGUACAACAUAGGUAUUAAAAUUACUCUGUAUAUCAGUAAAAAGUAUAUUUGAGUAUUCUACCCAAAUAUGUACAUUAUUAAUAAAGCUAAGAGAAAAUAAAAGGACUGUAGUUUGUAAAAUGCUACGCUUCAUUUAUCUGACAUACACUAUUCUAAAUAAAAUGAAAUCAGCUUUAGCAUAUAAUGGCAUCCUUUUGAUUAAGUCAUUGCCAUUACAUUCACUUAGUUGUGUUAAAUGAAGAAAUUUUCAAGAGUAGCCUGUAAUGAUUCAUGCUUGUAAGUUAAACAUGGAGUUGUUUUGAAUUCUUCCAACAUAUUAUCUGAACAACACUGUUGUGAAGGAACUUUAUUUCACAUCCUGCACUCGUUUUAAAUGUUUGAUGAUUGCAAUGAAGAAUGUGGGGUAGGGUUGCGACUAAUGCACUGUUAAAGAAACUAGAAUUUUCUUAAGCUUUAGAACAUUUGUUUUACAGUUCCUGACAAUCUAUAUUUAUAUACAACAGGGAUGAUUUUGAAGUGUUCUUUGUUCUGUGGCAACCUCAGUGUUCUUUUCAUACACUGAGAGAGAAAUCCAAUAGAUUAUAAGGUGAGAAAACUUGUGACUCAUACGGUAUGUUUGCUGUGGAUAUGCCAUAUAACCUGGAAAUAACCUCUUUAAAAACUUGUUAACUUGUCUGAAAAUAAACAUAGCUUAGCAGUCAGAGGUGUCUUUUCACAUGAAACCAAAUUUUUUUGUUAUAAUUUGUAGGGUUUUUUUGUUUUAUUUGGUUAGCACUGGCUCACAAAAUUUGUGCAUGCUCUGCUUUUUCUGCAGCAUUAACUGUGGUCAUUGUCCAUAUCCAUAUCAUUUAAAUUCAUAUUGAGACAUAUAAUUACAUGUUAAUUGAUAAUAACUAGUAGGGCAUACACUUUGUUGACUGGUAAACUUGCUGAGUCAAGCAUUUCAUCCACAAUCAUAUUCAAAUACAGUGCCAGUGCUUGUUUUGAUAGUUAUAUAAAGACUAGGGGGUCAUUUUAUGAUGUUUUUGAAAUGCCAACAUAUCAUUUUCAUUUUUACUGAGUAGGAAUGAUUAUGCUAAUAGUAGAAAAAAUAUUAAGUCUAUGCUGAUGGGUUUCUGUUUCAUAACUUUGAUAAACAGUCUGGUUACCGAGCUGCCUCUUUUUCUAACAAGCACUGAUUAAGUAGCUUCUGUGAAUGUGUAUUUUAAAAAAUCUAGUAACUUCAAAUACUAUGAACGUAAGAUGGUGUAGAUUUGUGCCUUUAACCAACAUUCAUAUCCAUGCUCUUCUAGGACUGCUUUUAACCAACUGCAUUCAGGAUCACAAAAAUCAAGAUGAGUCAUGUGCAGCUGUUUCAUAUCUUCCUCGUUGUUCUUUGAUACAUUUAGCUGUUAACAGAUUUGUUGAACAGAACAAAAAACAACAGGUCUUCCCAGCGCAGGAGAGAACACAGUAUCAUGCUCCUUGGAAUCUGGUUUUGGUAGACUUGCAGAAUAAAGGAAGGUGUUUGGUGCUAGGGUCACUUUGCAUACCAAAACCAAUUCAUAGAUGCAAAGUGAAAAGAGUAAUUAAAGCACCUUAAUUUAUCAUCAACUUAAUUUUUACUUCAUUGCUUUUUCCAUAGAUGCAAAUCCCUGAAUAGGUGUCUUCUGAGAUCAGAGAGAGGAUUUAUUUACAAACUUAAAAAAUAUAAUUGAAAAUUAUUGGUGUUUUGUGGUGCACAUUGAACAAAAUCUGUUUUCAUGUGUCAUUGUAGGAUUUUGGCUUUGUUCUUGCACCUAAUGACACUGCUGAAAAACCAUAGGACUUGUCGUUGUCUAGUGAGGCUGAUACAGUCAGUGUUCACAAAGCAUGACAGUAAUCAUAGAAGAUGUAUUUAUUUUAAGAUACUGUUUUUCUUCACACUUCUGGUAAGACAAUUGUCUCAAGAAAUGGGAAAAAGAAGAAUAAUUGCACACAUAUAAACGGAAAGGGGAAUUCUGUUCAGGUAAAGGUAAUGAAAUUCCUCUUGUGUGUUUUGAAGUAUUACAAAGACUAGUUUUUCUGUUCAUACCUGUUUGUUCUGUUUAUUUUCUAUUGGCUUUUGUUUUCUCUGAGUCUGGAUCUCAGACAUUAAGGUGCAGGGAACACUUAGAAAUUUGUAUGGAUUGUUUUCACUUUGAUAACGUUGAUAUUUUAUAAGCAAAGUUAGGAAAGUUUUUUAAAUUUUCCCAAGGGUAAUGAUCAUGAAAUGAUCAUGCUAUCAUCAAAGAUUACAUAGCAUAACUUUUUUAUCAUAGAUUUAAAUCAUGUUCAGUUUCAGCCUUGGGGCAGAAUUGAAUAGAAGUUUCCUCAUGUGUUCAGAAUAGAGUGUGUUUGUGCAAUGCAUUCAUUAUGCAUUGUAUCUGUGUGUUUACUGACACAUCAUAUCCCUGCGUAUGUGUAUGCAUAUGUCUGCUUAUAAAUAAAGUUCUUCAGACUCUCAGAGAAGACUAACCCCACUCAGGAUGUGAUUGUGCUGUUUUACUCCAAGAACUGGUUUCUGCAAGAGCAUUACCAGCAAAGACCUUGAACCCCACAAAGCAUUUACCAUAACUGCUACAAGUACACAUGAGUACAGUGUGUAAGUUCUGUAACACAGGAAUUCUGCCAGAGAAGCAGCAGACAUGGAGCAAGGAGAGGCACAUAUAUUACCAUGUGUUGAUCACAUCUGAUAGUUCAAGGCUAGAGUAAAUGUUGCAGUAGUUGAAGUGAGUUCUAUGUUUCAACAGAGGUGUGGCAUCCAGAUAGCACAUUCCUCCUAGUUCUGUAUUAUCGUUUGCUUCUGCAGUUUGGACAGGCCUACUGCAAUCAUGAGCAGCUCAUUAAUCAACAACUGUCGUAGAUUGUAAGAUCAGCCUCCACCUCUCUUAAAUAAGUCUAGCUUAGAUUUAAUCUUCAAAUUUUAUCUAGUAGAUAAUUAUUCCAAGGACACUCAUUCACAUGGGAAGAAAUAUGAAGUAUGUUAAAAGAAUUUAUUACAGGGGGUGUGAGCAGUCUGUGUCAAUGCUAAGUCCUGUUUUACUACUUGAGUUCAAAAUAGUACAUUAACCCUCUAAGGCAUAGUCUGUACAUGUAUGUUAAUAAACACUUCAAAGUUCUGGCUAGUGACUAUUGGUCUUUGAUGGUAAUUUCAGAAGCAUAUGCUAAUAAAACUUUUGUAACAUUAAAGAGAUGAGAAUGUGUUGCUGUUUUCUUGUGGCACAUUAUAACUACUUUAGAAGAACAGGAAAAGUUCAUUUGUUUUUUUAGUAACUUAUACAGUAAGUUGCUGCUUCUUUAUUCUAGCAACUGCUAAUUGACUUAAUUUUUCCUUAAGUAUAAGGGACUUACGAUACUGUGAUACUGUGUUUGGCUCCAUUCUUUCUAGCAUGUUAGAAAAUCUGAUGCUAGUUAUACAGAUUCUUUUAAAAUGUAUCUUUUUCAUACAGCUUAGAAAGACAAAGUUUGAAAUUUUAAUUUUAAGGAUAGAAUUAUGGAGGUUGCAUUUUAAUUACAUAUAAAUUAUAUAUAUAAGUAAUAAAUCUGUAUGUUUAUGC